UUUUGCGAGGUCAACCAAACGAGCUGCAACAGGGCAAGAGAGCCGUGGCCCGUCACCCGUGGGGUAUAAAAACAACCGUAAGGAAACACCGGAACUAAACUCCAAAGAUGCGGCAAUGGAAGAAGAAAAACCCCAACAAAAUCACUCUCUUUUCCUUAGCACUUGCUGCCCUCAAAAACCCACAAAACCCUUUAUCCAAAACCUUGAUUCUCAAAUGCUCAAAUCAAUUUCUACAUCAUCUGCACCCCAAAUCACCAGUACCAUCAUCUUCAUCUGCAGAAUCCUUUCUCAAUCACAUUGUGGCACUGCUUCCUCCUCUGCUUCAUUCGAGCUGCGACGACAUUGUUUGUGCCGCGGCAAAAAUCGUUGGUGCGGCAUCCCUUGUUUCUAUUGAGGUGAAUGAGAGGAUUGCUUGUGAUCUUGGGAUUGUGAAGGUUUUGGAUGCGAGCAUAUUGAGGGUUCGGAAGAUGGCAGCUAAGAAAGCUCUUUGUAAUGCUGUUUUGGAUCUUUCUAUUACUUCAUUUGGGUGUCAAAGGUUGUUGGAAGUUUCUGGUUUGAAUUAUCUAAUGCUUGGGUUCCUUCAGGUUCAGAAGUCCACGGCUACUUCAAUGUAUAUUAAUAUAGUGAAAAAUGAGGGUGAUGCUUUCCUUGGAGUUCAACAUGAUCAAGAUCCAGUAUCAUUGCUAUAUCUUACCGCUGUAGCCGCUCUUACGAACUUUUGCACCUCAGAACAGCUUAAACGGAUACCGAGCAGGCUGAAAGAAGUAAUUUUUCCUCAUUUGGGAGAAAUAUGGUCUAAAGUACGUGAGCAGUUGUUGGCUUCCAAAAUUCUUAACUUAUCCGAAGUAAAAUUCUUCAUGAGCAACCUUACGGUUCAGAACUUAGCAGAAAACAUAUUCAGGCUGUCCAUGGAUUCCCCUGCUCUUAUAAACUCCAUACCUUCAGAGGUUGUCAUCGGACACAUAUUUGGGCCUUGGUCAUCAAGUUUUCAGAACUUCAUUUUGGAUAACUGGGAAUCAUCACCUUUAGUGAUUAGGAAUCAGCCAAAAGAUCCUGAAGCACCACAUAUCCUUUUCAGCUCAUUUAUGCAUUCACUAACAUGUGAAGAAGCACUGCCUAGAUUUCUUUCUUCUAUCAUGCGAGGAACGGUUUCCUGCCCUCCUGUAGCUUUAAAUGAAAUAGACAGCUUGAAUUUUCUGAAUGAUAUAAGGGAUACACUUGGUUCCCCAAUGAUAUAUCAGCAGGACAUACGUGUUGUAAAGACAAACUUGCAUUCUAAGUCCGAGGAGCAUUACUUUCAGGAAAGUUCAAUAGGCAGCAGUGAAACUUCAAAAUCUCUCUCUGCUGAUGAUAUCCUAAAGUGUGAGGCAGCAUAUAGAGAGGGUUACACUAUAGCUCUACGUGGUAUGGGGUUCCGCUUUAAUAGUAUUGCUGCAGUCACCCAAGAAAUUGCUUCUUUCUUUGGUCAACCGUCAGUAGGUGCUAACCUGUAUGUUACACCACCUGAUGCUCAAGGUUUAUCCUGCCACUAUGAUGAUCAUUGUGUCUUUGUCUGUCAACUUUAUGGGGCUAAACAAUGGGCAGUCUUUCCACAACCAGCUGUCAAGUUACCUCGUCUUUAUGAGUGUCUUGAGGUUCCACAAGCUUUACUGGUGGAAAGCAGACAAAUUUUACUUAGAAAAGGUGAUGUCUUAUAUAUUCCAAGAGGUUUUGCUCACCAGGCCUGCACAAUUACAGAUCUUGGUGCAAGCAGUGAGGUUCAUGAGCCCUCUGUACAUCUUACUCUUGCAAUUGAGAUUGAGCCUCCUUUUGAGUGGGAAGGAUUUGCGCAUGUUGCACUUCAUCAAUGGAGCCAUAAUAAAGGAUUUGAUAUUUUGGCCCUGGGAACUUCUAAAAAUUUGCUAGCUGUCUCAGUAAAUCUUUUGCAUAUUGCAAUCAGGCUUAUUAGUCAUACUGAACCCAUGUUUCGGAAAGCUUGCUUGGUCGCCGCUAGUUCUUUGCCUACAGAGACUGAAGACUGGCUUGACAAGAACCAGAGAACCACUUUUGAUCUAGUUAUUGAUAAAAUCAAUAAACUAUCAAGCUUCACAGAUUCUCUCAAAUUUUUGCAAAUGCCUGUUCAGAGAGAUGAAGAUCCUUUUAAUUGGCUCAGAUGGCUCGAGCAUGCCAAUGGGAGAGAAGUAUCUAUUAUGGAUAACUUGGGUUUUACUUCAGAUGAAAUUUGCAAAAUCUUACCGUUUAUUUAUCAACAUAAGGAUGAUGUUGAAGGUGCAUUUGUGCUUAUAAAGUCAAAAUUUUGUAAUGAAGCGCUAUUUGAUGAUGCAAAAGAGAGCUUUAGAUGUUUGCAUUCCAUGUACAAAGAGGCUAGAAUGCGAUAUUUGAAUGGAAUGCUUUCCUUACAUCAAUGAUAACAUAUAUGCAUAAUAAAUCAUUCUAUUCCUGGAUCCUGGUUUCACCUUUACCUGAUUCACAGAACUUUAUCUUGACUCUUUAAUCCUUAUCCAGAAGCUGAGACAAUUGCUAUGGAGCAACUUAGUUUAUUCAGAGUUGUGUUGCCUCAUACAUGUAAGAACCAACCAAAUUUAGUAUUCACCUUGAGUCAUCAUAUUUUGGACAAGGAUGCUAUCUUCUAAUACUUCUGUUUGUUUUUCUAUAUCUAUGCAGCAAAGCUUUCAUAUCGGCAUAAUGUGGUAGAAAACUCAAGAUACAGCUUAGAAGACUUGGUUAAGGCCAGGAAGGUUUUCAAUGAUCUUUGGAUUUACUCCAAUAACAGGGUAGAAUAUGGUUUUAGUGGAAAUGAAAAUUGAAUGGUGGAAUCUAGAUUUUCUAAAUUAUGUUACAUGUAUGCAUUGUAAUCAAAGAAAGCCUAAUAAUAUGUCUUAUGGUUUUCCAUGUUUAGGAGUUGGGCUAGGGUGGGUCGUCACACCAUGAUAAUCUAUAUGGUACAUUAAUUCAUCCUCAGCGUCAUCACCAUUGAUGCCACUCUUCACCAGCUCUUCCCUUCUGUACGCAUGUUCUUGAGGUGAGUGCUUCAUUCCAUGAAAAACCUGCAUUUUUAGUAUGAAGCCGUUGCUUAAACUGGCAUGUGAAUGAUAAUGAAACAUUGGUUUGAUUAUAUUCAGUACAUAUGGCAUACAAGAUGAAAAUAUUUUUUACCAUAAGCUCACCUUAACUUGUUCUUUGACAUGUUCAGUGAUAUGUGUGCUCAAAGCUCUUCUCACUGCUAUUCUGUUGAAAUUGUUUGUUGGAGAAAAAGAUACACAAGAAAGAGGGGACGAGCAUAGGCCUGUGUAUCUGAUGAACAAACACAGAGUAGUAAUAAUAGUGAAGUAUAGAAUUAUGCCAGAAUGCUUCAUUAUGGAUAGCUUUGGUGGGGUGAAGGAGAGAAGAACAAGGAUGGGCCAUUUGAAGACUGUCCGAAGGAGGAUCCUUUUCAGAUCCUUGAUGGGUAAUGUAGUGGGUGAUUAGGUGAUAUGAUUGAAGAGUUGGAGAUACACAGAGUGUGGGACCUUGUAGUAGUAAGUAAUUGAGCUACUGUUGGAGUUAGUGACGUGUAUGGUGAACAAUCUGAUCAAAUACUGCAAAAUAUCUUUGAAUACAUUAAGUUUCACAUGGUGGGAGACUAGCUGUCUCUCCUGAGUCCUCAGACCAGAAAUUUGUUGUUAACUGUGAAUCUGAGUCAUUACAUCAUGGAUUUAAUGCUCACCAAACUGCUAUAAGCCUGUGAUAGAGCCGAGAGGGUGUUCGAUGACUAGAUAUGAGCUCUUGGACUCGACUCGGUCAAAGCGCAAGUCGAGCUCUGUAUGACACAAGUUUGAGCUGAGUCCCAGAAGCUGAGCUGGUCAGUCAGUAGACUGUGCUGGAACGCGUUUUGUCCAGACGUUCAGGUCAUGACGGGCUCCUAAGUCCUUAUUGGCUCAACCCCACUGAAGUAAGGUUGGUCCGUCCAGUUCAUGAAUUAUUCACUGCUCUGAGCUAGUAUUGAAGGAGCUCUUGUGCACUCAUUCUCUCUCGUGUUUCAGGCUGCUAGUUAAGGUCUUAGAACCAGACCAUCAUGGGUUAGCCACAUUGGACAUUUCUAUUUCCAACAGAGAUCAACGUUUAUUAGUGGUCGGUAAUCAGUCACAGUUUCAUGGUAAAGAGCUUCUAAUAUGAUAAUUUACUAAUGCACAAAUUAGUAUCUUCAGUUUCACGAAUGUAAACAGAGAUAUAUAGAUGCAGAAUUCCUGAAGUUUGAGUCACGGAUUGGAGUUACAAAAGUUUGACAAAUUGUCCACACUGUUUAUAACUUUUAAA